UAAAUCUUUCAAAUAAAUAAGCAUUUGCUCCGAUAAGGGAAAUAAUAUUGAGGGGUAUCACCACAGCCCUUCCCCAUCGCAUUUGGAAAUUGCAUGAUCAGUUUGAAGAAGGAGAAGAAAUCGAUUGAGUAUAAAUAAGGGUUUUUGAUUGAUUCGACGCGUUAUUUGUUGAAACUCAGUCGACAAAGACCCAGACCAAGAGACACUCCUUUGAGUGGCCAAAAGCGGCCGAAAACUUCAAAGUUCAAACCAACCAUAAACUCUGAUCAAAUAUGCAGACACCGACCCAAAUUAUCAAGUAAAACCAUCAAUGUAUGAUGCCAUAUAAAUAUACAUCAUGUAGGAGAAUAUUGGCUUUGGAUAACUCACAGCGGUGUUGCACUUAGGUUGCAAUCCUACAAUUAUAAUGUCAUUGUUAUGUCAAUUAGUCUUUGGAGUUUAAUAACUCUCCUGAUUUCUUUGUAAGAUGGAAUUUAUGAAGUUCUGUUACACGUGGUUUAUACUUCAAGAUGGCGAAAGAAAACAGUGGAGAAAGCCAACACAAACCUGGUCCUUUGAAACAGCAAAAUAAAACCCACAAGCAUGGACGACACAAAACAAAAGGAAUGCUGAAUUCUAUAAACAAAGGUCGAGUAAGUGUAAAAAUGUUGAGAAAAAACGGCAGCAAGAUGGCUGGAAAACUAGACAGGCGAAACCAUGCAAAGCAGCUUCGAGCCAAUAAACGCGAAGAAGUCUUGCGAGAAAAAAGGAAAAUAGGAAAGCUCGAUGGUCCACCUCAAGUGGUGUGUCUAAUUCCCUUGUCUGCAUCGUGCAACGUGGAUAAAUUUUUAGAAAAUCUUUACCAAGGAAACGAGGAAAAUGAAAUAGUCACGACGGCCAAAUAUAAAAUGUUAAGUUGUCCUCAAAUGAAACAAUGGUUUUCAUUUUGUCUUCUUAAAUAUGGCGAACUUUAUGAAAUUCUUGAUGCUGCAAAGGCAGCUGAUGUUAUUGUAUUCCUUAUGGAGGCCAACCAUGCUCCUGAUCAGUUUGGAGAGACUUGUUUAUCGUGUGUCGUUGCCCAAGGAAUCCCUUCAUGUUUUCAUGUUGUCCAAGGAUUACGAGAUGUGCCUCCAAAAAAACAAAAUGUCGUCAAGAAGAGCUUUAGUAAACUUGUGGAACACAGAUUUCCUAAAGAGAAAGUGUAUGCUGUGGACACGACAGAUGAAGGCAGUCAGCUGUUGCGAAUCUUGGCUCACCAUCAUCACAAAACUGUUGUUUACAAAGAUGUGCGAUCGCAUAUUUCGGCAUAUGACGUUGUUUAUGAACCUUCAGACACUCACCAGGAUGUGGGCACGCUUAAAGUCUCCGGUUAUGUCAGGAAUCGUUCAUUAUCAGCCAACCAACUUGUGCAUAUUCCUGGCUUUGGAAAUUAUCAGCUGACCCAGAUUGACUCGUGUCGAGAUCCUUGCCCUGGAAAGAAAGUGAAAAGAAAAGCAAAUUCCAUGAAUGUGGAUGACAACGAUGUUGAAGAGGAUGGUAGGGUUCUUCAGACGGCCGAUCCUGUUCAGCAAGAAACGCUUGUGUCAGAAGUCGUUCCCAAUCCAAUGGACGGAGAGCAAACAUGGCCAACAGAGGAAGAGCUGAAAGACGCCGAAGCGACAGACCGAAGGACUCACACAGUGAAAAAAGUUCCUAAAGGCACAUCUGAAUAUCAGUCUUCCUGGAUCGUGGAAAACGACGACAGUUCUGAUAAUGGCGACGUCAGUGGUUCGGAAAGCGACGAUACCAACAAGGAAACGAUGGAUCAUGAUAUUACCAUGGAGAUGACGUAUGGGGAUGCUAGUGACGUGGAGGGCGAAUUACCCGAGAAGGAAGAUUUAGAAUUGGAAGAAUAUGAAACGAUAAGCGUCAAUACAGACACUCAGGAUAGCAGAUACGACGAGAAAUAUCCCGAUGAUGAUUAUUCUGAAUUGGAAAAGAAGAGGGCCGAACGUGAAAACGAAUUGUUUCCAGAUGAAAUUGAUACACCUUUAAACGUACCUGCUCGAAUACGAUUUCAAAAAUACAGAGGACUUAAAAGCUUUCGAACAUCUCCAUGGGAUCCGAAGGAAAAUCUACCUUCAGAUUAUGCCAGGAUUUUCCAAUUUGAAAACUUUGAUCGCACUAAAAGACGCAUUUUAAAAAAGAAGGACGACGAAGGAGCCUUGCCUGGUUGGUUUGUUACGAUCCACGUGAAAGAUGUACCAAAGCGUGUUGCAGAAUAUUUUUGGGGUUCGAGACCGCUGACAUUGUUUGGGCUUUUACCCCACGAACAGAAGAUAUCUGUGCUUCAUUUUAUACUGAAGCGUCAUCCUAGUUAUACGGAUACAAUCAAAGCAAAGGAGGAACUGAUUUUUCAAUGCGGAUACAAAAGGUUUUCUGCCUCUCCGAUAUUUUCUCAACAUUGUCCUGGAAAUAAAUUUAAAAUGGAACGUUUUCUUCCUAAGGAAGGUGUGGUUGUCGCCACUGUGUAUGCAUCCAUCACAUUUCCACCUUCGCCAACUUUGGUAUUCAAACGUGAUCAAAAAACUGGUAUUCUUAAACUUGUUGCGACCGGGUCACUGUAUCAAGUAAAUCCUGACAGAAUUGUGACAAAGAAGAUCGUUCUGAGCGGUUUGCCUUUUAAGAUCAAUAAGAAAUCUGCCGUCGUUCGGCAUAUGUUUUUCAACCGAGAUGACAUUGCGUGGUUCAAGCCUGUUGAGCUGUGGACUAAAUAUGGUAGAAGAGGACACAUAAAGGAACCCAUGGGGACGCAUGGUCACAUGAAAUGUCUUUUCGACGGAUUGAUAAAAGCACAAGAUACCGUGUGCAUGAAUCUAUACAAACGUAUCUUUCCGAAGUGGACUUUUUCCGACGGUUCGAGCAAUGUGGGAGCGAUGGAAGAAGAGGCGAUGGAAGAAGAGGCCAUGGAUCCCAACUAAGUUUCACAGUUUUUGGAAUUUUUAGCAAAUUUAUGUGAUGUUGAGGGGGUGAAAUUUAUUGACGAUAAUCGACGUGUUUGUGGUUUGAGGCUAAGAAUCAAGAAAGCAGUGUAUGUUAUAUAUAAGACAGCGUGUAUCAUGCUCCCUUGUCGAACGUAUUUGAACGUGGAAGUUUUAGAAAUGUUUUUUGAAAUAGCAAUUCUUAUAAAUGACAUAUGAACUAGCAAGUCAUAAAAAUCAAAUUAUAAGGAAUCAAAAAGAUUUUGGAUUCAAAAAACAUGCAUACAAGAAAUAAAGUUUGUCAGAAAAGUAAA